UAGUACCAGCGCGUCGCUCUCCGACGGCGCACGCGCAUAUCGCUGAUACCACGCCGCGCUAUAAAAGGGUGCGCGCCCUUUCAGCCACCCACUCUCACGCUACUACUUCUAGUAGAAGGAUCUUUGGUGUUAACUCAGUUGGUGCCAACAGUCGUCCAAAAUGUCCGCGGAUCAUGUGGAAAGGCUGCUCAGGCACGCAGCUGACGAUACUGAGGGGGUCGUUCUGGCCAAGGGGGUGUCCAUGAUCGUGCUAUUCUGUGCUUCCAUGAUUUGUGGUCUGGUCCCCCUACUCCUGGCUAAGAAGUUCAACUGGCUGUCGGCAGAAGAUGCAUCAAACCUGAAGUCCACCAACAGGGUCGUGAUGACCCUGCUCUCAUUCGGUGGUGGUGUGCUGCUGUCCACAACGUUCAUGCAUUUGGUGCCUGAAGUCCAGGAGAAUGUGGAAUACCUUCAAAGCACCGGCGCUCUAAAUGAGUUCGACUUCUCCCUGACCCCUUUGCUGACAUGCUGCGGCUUCUUCAUCAUGUACCUGGUGGAAGAACUGGUUCACAUGUACAUCCACCACAGGGAGAGGAAGAACGGCCGCGCGGCUCCUCUCGUGAGGAACCUCAGUGUCCGCCAGAGUAGGAGCGGAGUUUCCAACGGAGAGAAGAGCGUUAACAACUCCACUGCUGAUCUUGUUGAACCAAAAAAGGAUCUUGAAAGUCAUCAACACAACGGCCAUGGUCACUCUCACCACCACAGCCACAUGCCGAUGAACGUGGGCGAUGACGUCACAUCCGCCCUGAGAGGAUUGCUCAUCGUGCUCGCUUUGUCUAUCCACGAGCUGUUCGAAGGUUUGGCUGUCGGCUUAGAAUCCAGCACUUCUCAUGUCUGGUAUAUGUUGGGAGCUGUUUCAGCCCACAAGCUAGUCAUUGCCUUUUGUAUCGGUGUGGAGCUUAUCGCCACUCGAACAAAGACUUGGUUGAUGAUUGUGUACAUCACUACGUUCGCCAUUGUUUCACCCUUGGGUAUUGGUAUCGGUCUCCUACUGGUUGGAGGAGGUGGUGCCACGGCUGCCGGCAUCUCAUCAGUGGUGCUCCAAGGUCUUGCGUCAGGAACCCUGCUCUAUGUCAUCUUCUUUGAAAUUUGGAAAGGCGAUAGAACAGGAAUACUGCAAUUCAUCGCAUCUGUGGUCGGAUUCUUCAUCAUGUUCGGAUUACAGUUACUGACCGGUCAUUCGCAUAGUCACACACACUCACACAAUGUGCUAACAGACGGCGGUGACGGUGAUUCUCUCAUCGAGGGUGACCACGGACAUUCCCAUGACUAAAUACAAUCAUAAGAAUACCAACGAUCGCUCUUCAUUAUAUGUAUAUAAGUGAAACAUUAACUUAAUUAAUAAGUGUUGACCAAAAUGACAUUAAACUGUUGUAUCUAUGUGAUAAAUUAUUAACUGUAAAGAUUUAGUGUUAAGUUAACUUAAACUAUAUGUACUUAAAAAUGUUAAAAUAAGGGUAAUGACGCGGAUACAGGAGCUCAGGAUUUAUUGUUAAUUUCGGAUACUCGCUUAAGUUUAAGAAAUAAGUGUUGCCAUUAGUCGCUGUAGGCUGUAGGUAACUCAUUCCCUGAUGUCGAAAGAAGUAAAGUAAUUAAGAGCAUAUUAGUAAAUAAUAAAGCACUAGCGAGAUUCCGAAACAAACGAACUUCUAGUCAUCAGCUACACAAAAAUACUAACAUUUUAGAUGUAUUGCCCCUUGAAGCAAAAUAUAAUGCACAGGUACAUAGCUAAUUUCAAGAUCUACCUAAUGAUACAGGUAAGCUACUUAGGCUAUACCUACCCUAAGAGCAUUAUAGUCUUCUUGUAGGUAGGUACCUACAAUCUAUGUAUUGUCAAAUUUUUCAUUAAUCUUAUAUUCCGUUUUAAAAAUGAUUUCUUCCUUUCAGUAACGGUACCUAGCAUUUGAUAGCUUUUGUGCAUUGCAUAACUAACACUAUAUUUAAGUUUUGUACAUAACCUUAUUUUCAUUUUAAAUGUAACGUCACAAAAUAUGUAACGACUUCUUAGGUCCACCUAGCACCUAGAAGCUUUAAGGUACUGCCGUCAAAUUAGAAGGUAUGCGUAGUAGGUGCCUACGAGCAGAGCAGUGUUAAUUCAGGGAGAAAACUGAGAUUUUGGACAGGGAAGGAACUUAUUAUAUUACCUAGAUAUAGUGGGAGUAUAAAAAAGUUAGAAUACCGGGAUUUUCCAUCAUUAUUACUAGCUUAAAUUAUAUUUGGACGAUAUUGUCUGUGAUAUUGGACCACAGGAAGCAGAUUUUGAUAGAUAAGGCCAUAAAAAUGAGUUUAUUAUAUUUGGAGUACAAACUUCUAAUUCUUGAUUAAUAAUAAUUUAAGUACUUACUUAAUUAUUACGAGAUAAAUAAGUUUGUAAAUAAUUAUUGUUAACGUACAUUCCUAUACCCCAAAAAUUAUGACGCUGUUUCUACAGGCUAAUUUACAAAAUUGGUUCACUUUUUUGGGACAAAUAGACUAGAGAGAUGUCGCUGUGUACUUAAGUAGGUAAAUUAUUUUAAACUGUUCACUACCUAAAUGAUGUGAUGCAAUUUUAUAAUUAUUUGUAUAAUAAAAUUAUGGAUAAUAAUUUA